ACGAAACCGAGGCAAAUUUUUGUUGUGUGUAUUUUUCUUGAGUUUGUUACCUGUCGUUCUCUGGGUUAUCUAAUGGUUUUUGUUUUGCAGAAGACUGUCCAGUCCAGUCUUGAGCACCCUCUGAAUUCAGUAACAGGUUUCCUACACGCAGCUGAAAAACACUACAUCAAAAAACUACAAAAAUGAUGCUAUCAAGGCAAAAACCGGCCACUGCGCCGAGUGUGCAAACCCAGUCAAAGGAGAAAGCCAAGAAGAAGCUGAUUCCUAAACUUGAGGACUUUCUAUCGGCUAGAGAUUAUACUGGAGCUAUUACAUUGCUAGAGUUCACUCGUAGUAGUGGUAAAAGUAGUGAAGAGACUGACUUGUGGAUUGCUUACUGUGCGUUUCAUCUUGGUGAUUAUAAAAGAGCAAUGGAUGAGUAUGAAAGAAUGACAAAGAAAGACGCGUGUCAUCCCGAUGUAUGGUGUAAUGUGGCAUGUUGUUAUUUCUUUCUUGGAAUGUACCCUGAAGCUGAUGCCGCAACUCAAAAGGGUCCCAAAAGUGGUUUACAGAACAGAUUGCUUUUUCAUGUCUCUCAAAAAUUCAAUGAUGAGAAACGUUUAAUGAGUCAUCAUCAAAGUCUACAGGACGUUAUAGAAGAUCAGCUGAGCUUAGCAUCUAUCCACUAUCUACGUAGUCAUUAUCAAGAAGCUAUUGAUAUUUACAAAAGAAUAUUACUAGAUAACAGAGACUACUUGGCGUUAAAUGUCUACGUAGCCUUAUGUUACUAUAAGUUAGAUUAUUAUGACGUCUCGCAAGAAGUGCUGGCGGUUUACCUACAGAACUAUCCAGACAGUGCUAUAGCUAUCAACCUCAAAGCUUGUAAUCAUUUUAGAUUGUACAACGGCAAAGCAGCCGAGGCAGAGUUGAAAAGUCUUCAAGAAAUUGCAUCACCAUCAUUUGACUUCGCCAACGACCUCAUCAAGCAUAAUCUGGUUGUAUUCAGAGGAGGUGAGGGGGCAUUACAAGUAUUGCCACCAUUGAUUGAUGUCAUCCCUGAGGCAAGACUCAAUCUUGUCAUUUAUUAUCUUAAACAAGAUGACGUACAAGAAGCCUACUCAUUGAUUAAAGACUUGGAACCAACAACGCCGCAAGAGUACAUACUGAAAGGUGUGGUCAAUGCAUCGCUUGGUCAGGAACAAGGAUCGUUUUUACAACAGAGUUAUUUUUACAAUGAUGACUCUUUCAACUUCAACUAUGCUCAAGCCAAAGCUAGUGUGGGCAACUAUAAAGAAGCCGAGGAGAUAUUCCUGUUAAUUCAAAAUGAAAAGUUUAAGAAUGAUUAUACCUACCUUAGUUGGCUGGCAAGAUGCUACAUAAUGAACAGGAAAGCUCGUCUAGCAUGGGAAUUGUACUUGAAGAUGGAAACAUCAGGAGAAUCAUUUAGUUUAUUGCAGCUGAUUGCUAAUGAUUGCUAUAAGAUGGGACAGUUUUAUUAUGCAGCCAAGGCAUUUGAUGUACUGGAGCGGUUGGAUCCCAAUCCGGAAUACUGGGAAGGAAAACGAGGAGCAUGUGUGGGAAUAUUUCAACAGAUUAUUGCUGGUCAUGAACCAAGAGAGACUCUGCGCGAUGUGUUACAGAUUCUACGCAACACCAGUAACCCACAAGUGGAAUACAUCAUGAGAACAAUGAAGAAAUGGGCCAAGGACAAUAGAGUACCCAUACAGUAACAUGCAGUCAAAAUACUGUCACAGAUUACUAGCUUUGAAUCUAUUUUUGCUCUCUUAAAGAUUUGUUAUCUUCCACAGUGUGUUGCUUGGUUUGACACAUAUUUGAACACUCAUCACAUACAGCCAGGCUUAAUUUUUCAAUUACCAUGUUGCUACAUGUAAAGCACUAUUACCGUCCAAAUAACACUUGUGUGCCAUAUUGUAGUAUCAUUUUUACCAGUUGAUGUAAUUAUGGCUUCUUUGUGAUUGUUGCUAUUCAUUUUGAAUUGUGGCACUUAGGCUACCUUAGGUUUAUUGGUAUUUUUGGAAUAUUAUGCAACAUUUUAUGAAUUACAAUGGAGUAUAGUGUUACUGUUACAAGUCUGAAAAUGCAUGUACUAACCAGGUUAUUAAUACUAUGAGGUUAUUACGAGGAUACAGCGAAGUAUGCACAAAGACAAUACAGCUGGAAUAUUGAUUGAUGCGCAGUGGAGGUCUAUGCGCGUCAUACUGUCUGAUUGCAUACUUUGAGGUAUCCUCAUGAUAACCUUAUUAUUAUACAUCUUUUCAAUCCAAGGAUACACCAUGGGAAAUCCAAAAUCCAAAAUUACAGAUGUAUAUUAAUGUCUGUUAUGUUAUUCAUUGCGGUUUUUUCAUAAUGGUUAUAAACACAACAAACAAUGCUGUGCAUAUUCAGGACAAUUAUUCAUACCAUCAGGAUGUACAAAAUGGUCACUCAUGCACACAUGCAUGACAAGUUUUCUUAUAGUCAGCACGUACAAGAAACUGUCCUUUACUCAGUUGUAGUGUGCAGUCAAUGAUCAACUGAAUAAUAUGUCAUAUACAUUUAUAAUAGUUGAAAAAUAUCAAUAACCCUAAAAACACAUAAAGUGUUUGCUGUAAAUACUUUUAUCAAUCAGUUUUUCUAAGUAUGUAUAUAGUUUGUGUAUUUUACAAAGACAAUUUAAAUACUUAUUAUGUAUAAUUCAGUAAAGGUUUCUGGAAAUAAAACAUGUUAAUUAUUGAA